AUGACUUCCAUUGCCGACGUUUCCUCUAUACUGGGCGAAUACAUGCUCAAAGGAUGGGUCUUGACAGACCAGUCUUGCCCCACCCCAGGUUGUUCAGUCCCCAUCAUGCGGUCUCCUCAAGGAAUAUCCCCAGUCAUCAAAUUUUGUGCAAACUGCCAAGGGGUUCCGAAAAUUUCAACAUCAACAGCUAUCCCACAACUUGCAGACACCAAUGAUCCCGCCAACUUGUCUCGUAGCACCUCAUCGGCCUCGCAUCUGUCACGGUCUUCAACCCCUCCAACAGAGAUUUCUGAGGAGUUUGUCCCUCAGAUCUUCUCUCCGCCACCCGAGACGGAAGAAACCAGACGUCGCCGAGAGCAAUCUGAUCGUGCUUCAUCCGAGAUUGGAAACCGUCUUCUGAAAGGUUGGGCGAUGCUGGGAGAGGAAUGUCCCAACUCUACGUGCUUUGGCGUGCCCCUUGUACGUCCACCAAAAGCUGGCGGUGAAAAAGAUCCUAGAAAGGAAUGUGUUAUUUGUGGAAAUGUUUAUAUCACCGAUGUGGAUUACGCGGGCAGAGAAUCAAUGAUUCUGGCUGGCAAUGACACGUCUUUAAAUGGUAAUAACGCAGCUGCACUUAGUCCCUACUUAGCGCCAUCGAAAGCUGCAAUCGCAUUAACUUCAAAUGAAAGUGACCAACAACCCAGGAGAGAACCGAUUCAACUCUCGACAAGCCAAACUCUCGAACCUGUGACAUCAGCACCAUCUGCAUCGCUCGCAUUAGAUGAAUCUUCUCAAGCACUGCAAGCAACGUUGCAAUCAUUGUCUUUGCGCUUACGAUUCCUCACUUCGGCGCACCCUGGCCUAGAUGUUGCAUCGAUUGGAUCGACGGCUGAUGCAAUCAGCAAAGUCACACAAGCCUUAACGCAUGUCAAACAGUUGCAGUGGAGUGAAAGGCAGGCAAUCGGUUUUGCGUGA